CUGGCUUUUUUCUCCCUCAGACUUGCAGGCGAAAACCGGGGGGCAGAUCAGAGCAAAGCGGAAAUGCAUCGUCCCAUUUUUGGGCAUUCUUUCGCCGUGCUCGUGGCACCCAUCCUUCUCUCCGUGCUGGCGUUCUAUUUUCUCAGUAAGAAGAAAAACAAUGCGGCUAGAAAUGCAGCAGAUGCUGAUAAUGGCGCGCCUGGUUCGUUGACUGCACCGACUGAUACUGAUUUCGGUGGAUCUAGUUCGUCUCCGACUGGAAAUUGCUACGAGGUGUUCUUGAGCUUCAAAGGCUCGGACACUCGAAAAGGUUUUACCGAUCACCUCUACCACGGGCUCGUCGAUGCGGGAGUUGACACUUUCAGAGACGAUGACGAGCUCUGUCAAGGGCAGGACAUCAGACCAGUGCUCAUGGAAGCCAUCACGAACAGCAAGGUCUUGAUCCCCAUUUUCUCCGAGAGUUAUGGUACAAGUAGUUGGUGCCUGGAUGAACUGGUUCAGAUAAUGGAGCGCAAGAAUAACAACGGGCAGAUAGUCUUGCCUAUAUUCUACAAAGUGAAACCAUCUGACGUAGGACAUCAGAGGGGAAGUUUUGGAGAUGCAUUUCUUAAGCGUGAGAAGCGUUUGCUUAAGAGGGGUUUCGAUCCAACGACUUUGGAGAAUUGGAAGAAAGCACUCCUCGAAGUCAGCACCUUGAGUGGAUACGAAGCUGAUGGGUAUGAAGCAGAUUUGGUGAAAUCGAUUGUCCGAAAAGUGUUGAGCGAACUGAAGAAAAAGUUUGAGUUGGAUAUUUCUGAGAAUUCGGUUGGAAUUGAUCGUCAUGUGAAGGAGAUUAUGGAAUUUGUGGAUACUAAAAAAUCUCAUGCCACCCUAUUUGUUGGCAUCCACGGAAUGGGAGGCAUUGGUAAGACUACUCUUGCUAAAGCCAUCUACAACAAGCUUUCCAAUCAAUUCGAGCAUCGUAGCUUCAUUGCUGAUAUAAGGGAAUCAUGGAAGCGUAAUGGUGCACAUUACUUACGGAAUCAGUUAAUCUAUGAUAUAUUGAAGCACGAAAACAAAGUCCAUAAUGAGGAUAAAGGGACUACGUACAUCUCCUGCAAGUUUAAAUGUAAAAAGGUCCUCCUUUUGCUUGAUGAUGUGGAUGAUGUCAUUCGGUUGAAGCGUUUGGCUGGUAAUCGUGAUUGGUUUUCUUCGGGAAGUAUGGUCAUUAUUACCACCAGAAACGAGAGGAUUCUUGAAGAAUUUGGGGUGGACUAUCCCUAUGACCAUAAGGAAAUGGAUAACGAUCAAUCUAUGAUUCUAUUUAGCAAGCAUGCAUUCCGAAGGGACUCUCCUCCAAGGGAAUUUGAGGACCUCGCUCAUAAAGUCGUAUCCAUCACCAAAGGGCUUCCCUUAUCCCUUGAGGUUUUAGGCUCAUUAUUGUGCGGACAAAAGCUAGCAUUUUGGAGAGCUACAAUAGACAAGUUAAAAGAAGUGCCUCCUAAGGAAGUGCGAGAAAAGUUACGGAUAAGUUAUGAAGUAUUAGAAUAUGAACAAAAGCAAAUAUUUUUGGAUAUUGCUUGUUUUUUCGUUGGCACCGACAGUAGAACCGCAUCCUACAUGUGGGACGCCUGUCAAUUUUUCCCUGGGGCGGGAAUUGAAGUAUUGAGAUUCAUGUCAUUGAUAAAAAUUGGAGAUGACCAUCAGCUCCGAAUGCAUGACCAAUUGAAAGAUCUCGGCAAGGAAAUAGUUCGCGAAGAAAAUCGACGGGAGCCUCGGAACCGUAGCAGGUUAUGGGACUACAAGGAAGUCAAGAAAGUGCUAAAAAAAAAUAAGGGAACGGGAAAGAUUGAGGCCAUUGAUCGGACCGAAGGCAGCUCAGAAGGCUCCGGCGAAACAGCUAAGCGAGAUGGCGACAUUUACACGGAAGAACAAUUCAAGAAUUUGACGAGUCUAAGAUUCCUGCACGUGAAGGGAGCACAUCUCACUGGAGAUUUUAAGGACUCAAUGGAAGGGUUAAGAUGGCUUCGAUGGCGGGAAUGUCCCAUGAAUUUUGAAGUAAACAACUUCCCUGCGGAGGAAUUAGCUGUGCUCGAAAUGCCGUAA